CUGGCCCGCUCUUCUGCUGGCCCGCUCUUCUGGCCGGGUUUGUUUUCCCAAAAAAUAUGGCGCCUCCUCGGGCUCGGGCCUUUUGACUGCAAGGAGCUACAUAGCAGCCACAAAGAGCUGGCAGGGUGGUGCAUGCAAACCACUCACGAGUCGGAACCUCCUCUUGCAUUGCUACAAAAUCAGGCCCACUUGGACACAGCUGAUCAGCAGCUUGCGCAACAGUAGCUGAGCGACAUUGUGCGGGCAGUGUGCAUGAUAGCAAUGGAGACAAUCUACGCAGUCGCCCUCGCUGUCGCGUUUGUGCUGCUCAUGCAGAAGCUGAUCAGGUUCGCCUUGGCUGACGCUGAUCUAAGACUCCUUGCCGCCGGGCCAGCUCCCAAAGGCACCUUCAAUGGCAAAGUGGUAUGGAUCACGGGGGCCAGUCAAGGCAUUGGAGCGGUCAUGGCCCAGAAGCUGUCAGCGGAUGGAGCCAAGCUGAUCCUUUCGGCGCGCCGCUUGAACGAGCUGACUCGGGUGGCAGCAUCUUGUACAGGUCCGCAUGCAAACGACGUGUCCAUCCUCACACUAGACCUGAGCGACACGUCCCAAAUUCCCCGAUCGGUGGAGCUAGCCCAAAAAGCGUUCGACGGCCAGGGGAUCGACUACCUGAUCCACAACGCAGCCUACGCGCGCCCGAAGCUCCCCGUAGAGGACUUUCCGGAGGAUCUGACCAAGGCCACGUUUGCGGUGAACGUACUGGGGCCGAUUGCUCUGACGCGGGCCGUGCUGCCGGGGAUGCUGAAGAGAAAGACGGGGCACAUAGUUGUGUUGAGCAGCGCGGCCGGCAAGAUCCCGAGCCCGCUGCAGAGCGUGUACGCGGCGACAAAGCACGCCAUGCAAGGCUACUUCCGGUCGCUCUACUUUGAGACUCACGCGCGAGGCAUUAACGUCACCAUCGCCGUCCCCGGCCCCAUCGCCAGCCGGGUCGGGGCCGGUGCCCCGGGCAGCUCCCCGGAGGCGUCCGGGGCAAAUCCAGCCGUCCACGUGGCAGAUCCGACGGCUCCGGACGUAAACGCGAACGAGUACGCGGAGGAGGAGAAGGGCCGGAUGACUGUGGAGCGGUGCGCGGACCUGAUCCUGGCGGGAACGGCGCACCGGUUGCCGGAGAUUUGGAUCUCGAACCAUCCGGUGUUGGCCUUCUUGUACGUGGCGCAAUGGCUCCCGGAACUGGGGGACCUGAUCGCGAAACGGGUUGGCACUUCCCGAGUGCGCCGCUACCGGACGGGCCAAAAGGACUCGUACUCUCUAGCGGCCUUGCUUGGAUUUGGUAAGAAGAAGCCAGAAGAGGCGCCGAGAGCCGAGGGAAGGAAGGCUGAGUAACAGUAGUUUUUCACACUCCCUGCUUCGGGUUACGUCGAAGGCGAACAUGCAGACUUCGAGUUUGUUGGUCUGGUAAUUACCAUGUAUAAAGAUCCUUGAGGGCCGCCUGCUUCAUUGUUCAUA